AUGGACUAUGACUAUGGUCAACUUUCAUACAAUGACACUGAUUAUGGCGAACGUGACGUCGCCAAUUGCAAAUUCCCUUCCAUACCUAAGAAGAUGGACGAAACGUGGAAGCGAAAUGCCAUCUGGGGAAUCAUCGGAGCUGCCUUCUUGUUAAUGGUCUGCCUCGUGGGAGUUGCCAUAGCUUUCACCGUCGUGUUCGCUGUCAAAUCCCCCAAUUUUGGCGGCUACAGCUCCGACAGCCCAGGAUACGCGCUCUACAAAAACACUCGAUUCGAGAAAUGUUACAGUACACCAGCAUCUACGACAAACUGUACCGCUAUACGGGCCGCUUUGGAUCACACAAGCAUUACUGGCUUCGGGGACAAUAAAGUCGGGUACCUCGGCAGUGACAAGGUAUUCGACAAGGACAGCAACCCUUUCUCGGACUGGUGCGAAGCCAUGAGCUGCUUUAAUGACUAUAAGGUCAUUCCAUCUACUCCACGCGAUUCGGCUAUUUGGCCGACUCUCCUCACUAGCUGGACCACAUCUGCUGGAUUUCUAAUAGGAUCGCUGCUUCAGCUUUUACUGCAGCAGAAAGCGUUAUACAGGCCGAAAGAUAAGCCCUGCAAACGGCUCGGUGAUAUACACUGGUAUAGUUGGAUACUUAUUGCCUUCGAUCUAUAUUCGUUCGUCUGGUGGUGGGUGGACUUUGGGAAACUAGCUGCCGCACCAGCGAGCGCCGCUACACCCUUCAUAGUUGGUUGGGUAAUCCCCUGGAAAUAUGCCGGUCUGCUCAGAUACCAUCCAUAUUCAUGCGCCUUUCGAAAGAAUCUUCGUGCAAAGAAUGUUACACGGUGGAUCUUCUACAUCCUAGCAGCGGCACAGUGGAUUGCUUCCUUGUACGUCAUCCAUGUCAAUCUUCCCUCCGGUAUGGCUACUCGCUGGGGCCUACGUGCGCCGAAUCCAAGCUACGAUUGUGUGCAGUCUCAAAUUGACGCUGCGCCCGGAGCUUCGACUUGCUCAGCGACACAGAUUUGCUCUCGCAAUUGGCUGUUCGUUGAUCCUGGCUUUGAGCCCGCCUAUCAGCAUUCAAACUCAAUGAUCGCUAUCUGGACAAUUUUCAUCGCAUUGACAAUAGCAGCCCUUUCCCCUCUCUUCUUCAUGGCCUGUGCUUGUUUUGAAAGAGGGAAUAGUCCGGGCUCAUCGCCUCGUAGCAUGCUACGAUGGGCGGAUCCAGGGCCAGUUAUCAUCCUUUCCAUUCUCUCCAUUUUCGAGAUUAUUACUGGGUGCAUACUUGUUGACGAUAUAGUCAAGAGACUGAGUGUUACUCCUGAAGCGGCAGUCACCUUCGACUGGGAAUGCCAGGCUAUUCAUGUUGCUCUGAGUCCCUGGAGGUAUUACAUUGAUGUUGACUAUGAACGGGGGUGGCGAAUUGCUAAGCUGUGGUUCAAUUCGUGA